GACCCGUGGCAAGGACGGGAUGUGAGUGUGCUCCGACAAUAACACGACGGAGGAAAAACGAAAACACGAAGAUAGCAAAGCCAGUCGACGGCGCCGCUCUUCUCCGCCGAGCCUCCUCCCAACAACACACGGUUUUUGCAAUCCCACUUCUGGAUAGUGUUUCCUCCACGUCCUCUCUUCAGCGUUUGGCCUGGAUCAAUGGUGUCUCUCAGCAGCAGAACGCUGAGCUUGGAGAACGACCUGUUCAGGGACAGCAGCAGCAGCAGCCUCUUCUCCCUCAGCCUGGGAGAUGGAGUCCGCAGCGAGGGGGGUAGUUUGGCCUCCUGCGACAGCCCCGAGGCCGCGGAGCUGGGGGCCACGCACAGCUCCAGCCUCGGAGAGGACGAAGACGAGGAGGAGGAAGAGGAUGAGGACGAGGGUGCGCGUCUGCAUGUUUUUCUUGGAGCAGAGCGAGAAGAGGAACCCGCAGGUCAGGAGCCUAAGCUGCCAGAAUUCCCUUUCCACCCGUCUUCCCCGUUCUCCCCGACUCUGGAGGACAUAGAGGAGUUCUUGAGGGAGAAGAUGGAACUGGUCAAAGAGGGGCUACUGACCCCAAAAGAGGAGACCUCCCCUCUACCAUGCAGUGACUCUUCAUCCUCUGCUGCACCCCCGGCUGCUUCCUCAGAGUCUUGCAGUGACCCAGGGACUAGUGCCUCCUAUUGGACUUCAAGCCCAAAUACCCCUAAGGACGAGCAAGACAGCCCCAGCCCACUUGACCCUUCCCCUUCUGCCCAAGCUAACCCCUCACCAUCCACCUCAACUCCGCCCAUGGUGCUGGGUGGUCCACUGGUUCUCCAGCUCCAGCCCCUACGUCUGGCCCAGCCUCAGACCCCAGCAGGCUCUCCUCCCGGGGCCCAAAGUGGUAUUUGGCUCACUCAUCUGGUCAUGGGGCUCCAGGGUGGAACAGGACAAAAUCUCACCCUGCUGGCCCCACAGGUGCCCUCUACCCCCACCACCUUGUUAUCACUAAAAAGUGGAGAUAGUAAGUCAGCUGACCAGAAGUAUGUGAAGAUCGCCCCUCUGCCCAUCACCAUGAGGACUCUAGAGAUCACGGGCGUGACUGGGGUCGGGGGCCAAAGCAGUGGUCUGUUGAAGGCCGUGGCCCCCCGGGUGACCAGAGUGCCGCCAACAGAGAGGGUCCAUAAGUGCUCGCACCCAGGCUGUGGGAAGAUGUACACCAAAAGCAGCCACCUGAAAGCUCACUUCCGCCGGCAUACGGGAGAGAAGCCCUACACAUGUAGCUGGCCUGAGUGUGGGUGGAGGUUCUCCCGGUCUGACGAACUGUCUCGUCACCGCCGCUCUCACUCUGGCAUCAAGCCAUACGAGUGCUCGCUGUGCGAGAAGAAGUUCGCCCGCAGCGACCACUUAUCCAAACACACAAAGGUCCACCGCAGCUCCAGGCCCAGCAGGAUUAUCAGAACCACUGUGUGACACCUGCAGCUGGCCUAAACCCAGCCCUGCACCCACCCACCCAGCCUGGCCUGGCCUGGCGUGGCGUUGACCAGGGGCGUCCGGGACUCCCUCAGGACUUUUGGUGCUUGACAAGCAGAACUUUCAGAAGAAUCACGAGAGCCGGCUGCACUCAUAGUUUCCUUCCUUCCUCUCCUCCCUCCCUGCUGUUUAUCUUUCACUGUUCCUUCUGAGCAUCUCGUCCGAUACGAGCGAACAGCCUCCUCAGGAAAAAGUCAUCUGAAAGUGGAUUUCCUGGCCUUCUCAUACACACACACACACACACACACACACAGUAUGUAUGUAUGUACACACAGUACAAAACACACAACGGGAGAGGUCUUACAGAGGCCCCUCUUGCAUUACUAUUGUGUUGCCAAGCUACCAGGUGCUGUUGAAAGUAGGGCGGUGACCAGUAAUAGGAGUGUCUGUAAUUCUAUAACCUCUUCUCUACUUCUGUGAUUGCCCUUCAUCCUCAAUGCCAAAGGGUCCACAUGCAUAAAGCUUCCAAACUUUUUUGUACGUUGCUAAAGUGAAGAUUUAGUCUGCUUAGCAUCACAUUUAUGCCAUGUGUUCUAAUCACAAGGCUUGCAAUGGACAUGUUCACGUGGCGUGAAAUCAUGAUUAAAGCGGCAGAAUCUCCUGUAGAUACUCAGAGUCACAGUUCACCCUGAAUGAACGGCAUGACUCUUGAUGUUAGGAGUACAUGCUGAGACAUUGCUUUUGUCAGACUAAACGUGUGGCUUUGCUCACAAUUUGGCAGAGCUGAGGAAAGCUUCCAAUGUUUAUUUGCAUCCAACCCUGGCCUUUACUGCAUUCGUCCAAUCAUAAUCCACCCUGUUAUGACCUGAAUGCCUUUUCUCAGCCCCAGUAUGCCCUAAUCUCUAUUGAUGCCUUUGUCCAUAUCACAAAACCUCACUUUAUCCUACUGUUAUCAUAUGACUGCUCGUAUUUAACUGUGAUUCUGAACUGGGGGUUGCCAAACCAGAAAUCCAUGUUCUGGCCCCACGAGAGCAUGAAAACGACAUCCUCGGUGCGUGACAGUUUAUAAGCUCUUUAUUCUCUGAAACUCUCUUGAAAUCAUUGUGCGGAGGACUUAUGUGGCCUGGAAAACUACUUGUCCUAUAUGUUAUUUUUUGGCUCAAUGGUGCAAAAGUGAUGUGAAACACUCCUCUUUCUCCUUUACAUUAGCAGUUACUGUAAAACAUUUCUCUGUCGGUCAUAGCAGCAAGAAAAGCUAAUAGGUUAAGCAGCUGGAAAGGCAGCUAACAUCUAUUCAAUCACCUGUAUUAGCAUACUCAAUAUAAUACGUACUGAACUUGUACAGCUUGUAGCCUUUAUAUAGAUUUUUUUUUAUCAAAGGGUUUUCAAUCAGUGCAUUAAGCUAUUCAGUCGUGCUUCUGGCGAGGUUUUCGGCCUGUUAUGUGAGUUUGAUUGUAGCGUGAUCAAUCUGUGGAAUGUCAGACUGAUUAUGGUCUGGGAUUUGGAGUCCCACUCUACCCAUUCACAAACCAUUAAGCUGAGUCUUCUGGUCUCAAGUGCACUUGUGUUACAGUGAGAAACAGUCAUUGUGCUCUUACGGCAGUUCCAUAAAAUGUAUUGGAACCAUAAAAUGCCAAAAAAAACAAACAGACAUAUUUUGUAAGGACGGAUAAACUGCACAGCGCAGUGCAGUCACUAUUAUCAUUUAUUCUAUGAUCUUGACACUUUGGUGCUUGUUAACCUAUCAGUGCUUCACAUGAAGAGACUGUACAACUGACAGCAUAACGCUUCACAUAACUGGAUUGUCUCUGUUAAACCAACAGACUCUUACUGCUACAAACCUUAGGCUACUGGCAAUCUUAACUUAGCUCGACUCGAGCAACAUUGGUGCUUUUGGAUAAACUCAAAAGUAGAGCACUUCUGCAUGUAGCAGUGCACAGUCAUUUACACAGCAAUCAUGCUCAUGUCCUUGUCUGUUAGCAUCAUGGACACAUUAGGUCUCACUCUUUAAAAACAACCAUGCUUGGUAAUGUAGAAACCCAUUGAGAGCAGACAGACAGGCAGACGUGUUUAUCUGUCUGAACCAGUGCUGUCUUUGUGUCUGAGCCUCCCCAGGCUGCUUCUACUGACCUACAUCCAGACCUGUAUUCCCCAAUCAUCGUCAUCCAGUUCUCCCUCUCUUCUCUGUUUCUCUCUCAGUCCUGCUUGUGUAUCUGGUUGAACACAGGCUGUA